AUGGCCGUCGCACGCUCAAUGCGACGUACAAGCCCUACCAGCAUUUUGCUGGCCGCUCUACUCGCAUUCGGCCUCAUCUGUUUCCUUCUAACGCCUUCCACACCCUCCGCAUCGACAGCAGCGACAUCGCAACAAAGACAACAAAACGCUGCCGAGCACCCUCUCUCCCCUCCAACGAAACCCUUCCUCAAAUCUCAACCUAUCCGGAGCGACGGCUACAAAGCAGCUCCCCCAGUCGUCCACUAUAACCUCAACAACCUCACCAGCACAAGCACUUCAGCUGCAAACGCCGAGCGGGUCCUAAUCCUCACCCCGCUAGCACGCUUUUACCAAGGAUACUGGGAUAAUCUGGAAAAACUAAACUAUCCCCACGAAUUAAUUUCGCUGGGCUUUAUUAUUCCCAAGACAAAAGAUGGUAAUACCGCUGUCGCGGCGUUGGAGAAAGCAAUCGCGCGCACACAGUCUGGACCCAUAGACGAUCGGUUCGCGAGCAUUUCCAUUCUUCGACAGGACUUUGAACCAUCUCUCAACUCACAAGAUGAGAAGGUUCGACAUAAAAUGUCUUCGCAAAAAGAACGCCGCGAAUCCAUGAGUCGCGCGCGUAAUAGUCUUGUCUUCACUACCCUUGGGCCUAGCACAUCGUGGGUCCUCUGGCUAGAUGCUGAUAUCAUCGAGACACCUCCGACUUUGAUCCAGGAUCUAACACACCACGAUGAACCGGUUAUUGUGCCAAAUUGCUUUCAGAGAUAUUAUGAUUCCAGUUCGAGGAAAUGGGAUAUUCGACCCUAUGACUAUAACUCGUGGAUUGAUGGUGAGAAGGCACAAGAGCUAGCGGCUAAUAUGGAUGCGGAUGAGAUAUUACUGGAGGGAUAUGCUGAGAUGCCGACCUAUCGCACGCUGAUGGCUUAUUUGCCUGAUUUCAAUGAUUUGGAUCCUCAGCGUAUGGUUGCAUUGGAUGGUGUGGGUGGUACCGCUUUAAUGGUGAAGGCGGAUGUGCAUCGUGAUGGUGCGAUGUUUCCUGCUUUUCCAUUCUUUCACCUUGUUGAAACGGAGGGAUUUGCGAAGAUGGCCCGACGACUUGGGUAUUCCGUUUUUGGACUACCAGACUAUUUUGUCUACCAUUAUAAUGAGUAA